UCACUUGCCAUAGGACGUUCAUCACAUAAUAAAGAUGCAUGCUUAUAAAUUUUAAUCCUGUCUCGUAGGUGUUUGGCAACCAAAAAAGGAAAGAAAGAUAAGGUCUAAAUAUGAAAUUGAAUAAGAUAGGGAAAUCUGGGGAUUUUUUACCUUUUUUGUGUGAUAACCCAUGAUCUUCUUUAGACGUUUUCCGCUUCCUUCGUCUCUCUUCGAAACCUAACGCAAGAACAGUAUCUGCCUGUUUCCCAACAGCGACCGCCAUUGAAAACCACCUCUGGCAAAGCAGGAAAACGAUGGACGCCCGUCGUCCCGCGAAGACCUCUUCCUCUGGCGAGCCUCUUGAGUUCUUCAAAGUUUAUCUCCCCUCCUUCAGUUCUCACCAACUGCUUAUACCACUGGAUUUCGUGAAGCAUUUUAAGGGAGUUGUGCCAAAAAUGGCGCUUCUUAAGGAUACUACAGGGAGAUCAUGGCCAAUUAAAAUAGCAGAAGUUGGAAAUAAAUUGUUCUUUAAGAGUGGUUGGCGGGACUUCGUGAUCGACCAUUCUCUAGAGUUUGCUGAUUUUCUCAUUUUCAGAUACAAUAGGGAUUCGGUGUUCCUUGUCAAAACAUUUGGUAAGAAUGGGUGCAGGAAAGAAAUGACUUGCAGAGUCAAUAGACCAUUAGCUGUUGUGAAGACGGAAGAGCCGGCAGACGAAGUAAAUGAGGCAGAACAGGAAAAGAAGAGGCCUGUUCGGGCUUGUAAGCGGAAGUUCUCGGACUUGAAUAUCAAUGGAAUGGAAAAUCACGUUUUGCAUGGAGAUUCCCACUUCAAAACGAAACUAGAGUUCAACGGGGAAACUGCUAGCAAGUGCUCCUUGGAGACAUAUGCCAUGCCGACGAAUCCGCACUUCGUAUCUUGCAUCUCAAAAUAUUCACUGAAAGCCAUGAAUAUCCCUUGUUCAUUCCUAAAGAGAAAUCGAAUAAAGCUAACUCCCAAUGAGAAGAUGAUUGUGCAUGAUCAAAAUGGGAGGACAUGGCCCGUGCAGAUUAAUGCAAGGAAAGACGGCUGGGUCUCUCUGUCCUCCGGGUGGACUAAGUUUAGGAAGGAGAACAAUUUGAGAAUAGGCAACCGAUGCAUGCUCGAGUUUGUCCUUGGAGAGGGGAACACAUGCAGCAAAACAAUCGCAAGCGUUCUUCCACGGGGCUUUAAAUUACAAUAGAAUCCUACGUAUUUCGACAUGAAGGCUUGAUUUGUGUGUAGUGGGGCUGACAUCCUAAAAACGAUGGGGACUCGGAUGUUCUGGCAGUUAGGGAAUGAUUCUUUGUGCGGUUUUCAUCUUCCUCACAUCUAGGUACAUAGAGUUUUAACAAAUGUAAUAUUAUAAAGCCUCGAUGGAUUUUAUUGUGGGAACGGCAAUUGCUUUAGCUCUUUAGCUGAAAUUUGUUGUUUCAUAUGUUGUUGAGGAAUCCUCGGAUUGUUCUGAAACAUAAAUUUCUACUGUGUACUUUUACGACAGCAGUAUGUUCUUUUUUUCCUGGUACAUGACAUGUUACAUGUUACAACUCAUUCUUGAAAAAUCUGCAACUGCGAAUUUGAGAUUCAAGG